AUGAAUUCAGCUAACGUAUUCUGCUUGAAUUUUAGUAAUACGGAAGGUGUCUAUAAGCGUGGAGUUACGCUUGGGUUCGUCAUUGGUUGGGGCAAUUUGAAUGGAGUGGUCAGCAGCAAUAUCUACCGUGCUAAGGACAAGCCGAAUUACAGGCCUGGCCAUGCUGUUGUGCUUGCUUAUAUGGUCCUGUUCUUGCUCGGUGGCAGCUUGGUUACGCAUUUCCUGUUGGUGGCCGAGAACAAGAAGAGGCUGGCUGGCGAGCGUGAUCAUACGACAGCUGGGUUAUCGCGGAGUGAGAUCGAGUUGCUUGGAGACAGAAAGCCUGACUUCAUUUACGUUACGUAG